AUGAGUUUCUCGCUGUGGUGGUGUAAAUUUACUCGAUUGGUCCAGGGAAUUGACUUCGAAGAGUUGCAUAGGCUCUUCAACCGAUAUUCAAAGCGGAAAUUGCUAGGGAUUAUUUGUGCAGUGAUCUUCGUUUUGUACUACCUCGGUAUAUCGAGUGGUGGUGAGCGACUCUCUAAAGCCGGCCAAUGUGUUAAGGAACGCUUCAAAAACUGGGAUCAGGGAGUCCUUGACCACUCAAUAGGCGUCGAUUCAUCUUCAGUUUCGUUUAUUGGGAACGGUCAUAUAGGUGUCGAUGUGAAUGGAGAAUUGAGAAUUCCCUCGAGUGCUUCGAGUGUCCUUAAUUUUGCUACUGGCUUCAAGCCAUUUGUAAAGGUAAAUAUUGUUGGGACUGUCUCAUCUGCUGAGACCACAUUCACGGAAUUUAAGGCCGGACGUCUUCGUAAUAUCAAAUGUUAUGUGCUGGACGGAGAAUGUGCAUGCAUCAUAAGAACUAGCUAUGCGCAUCGAACGAGGAAGGAGCUACUGGUCGAAGAAGUAAAAAUUAUCAAUCCAACUGUAAGUUUCUGUUUAGGUGAUGCGAUUGUUUACACUCAAACCUUCCCGCUACAUCUUUCUUCAUUAACUGCUGCGGUCAUGUGCUCAAGUGUUCCUGGAGAAUAUACAGUAUCUCAAAAGAGGGAAGAUACUAUACGCUUCAUGUGUAUUGUCGAGCAACGGGAGCUGUCAAGCAAUAUGGCAAUGGACAUAAAGCCGGCACUACAGGAGCUCACCAGAAAAGUUAUCGAUGAAUUUAGUCGACUCACCGUAAUAGUACCACUUUCUGUGGACCUGGAGCAUGAGCAGGCUUGGGCAAAGCUCAACGCUGCUUCAUUCUAUCUGUCCCUUUCGAAAGCGCCGAAUGUCCUAAAUGGUGACCGAAUCAAUGCAACACGAUACAUUCUCAUGAGUAACGUCAAAGCUCCCUUACUAGAAUAUUCUUUUCCCGAGGACAAAAGGAAGGCACUAGAAUUGACAUCGAGACGCAAUGAGCGAUGUUACAGUGAGCACUCAACGUUGUUGUAUCCAUCGAAGUUGUGGCAAGACUGGAGUAAGAUUGAGGACCUUAUAAGCUUGGCGGAGAUCUGGCUGUUAACCCUUGACAAAAGAGGCUGUGCUUCUCUUCUAAAGUCGGGAGCUACAGGACUUGCUCAGGCAUUUACUCUUUCGCUCUCCGCUGCGUCAUAUCACGACUCCCAUCUCGAAGUUGCGCUAUCGGUUUCCGAUCUUCACCGUGAAAUAGCGUUCGGAGGCUUGCCGAUUGGGAUCGGGGUGGCCGAUGCUAGCGCUCGUGUGCGCAUAGACGAUGACAAUACACCCUACUUUGAGGUGUCAGCAACGAACACACUCUACGCCUGUGGAGGUGGUUGCUUAGGGGAGCCGAUUACACUCAGCAAAACACCAACGAAGAUACCUAUCAAGAUUACUAAACCAGAGACGAGUAUUCUGUAUAUUGCAACGAGCCGUAAACAUUUAGAGCAGUUACGGUCGACAAUCCACGUUUCGGAGGUGAUGUCGGCUCCUGCUCAUGAAAGCGAGCUCCUCGCUCUGCAUCGGCAUGGCACUUCUAUGGGAGGAUUGCCGGCGUGGUUCUGGUUUAUUCUGGUGUUGUUGUUGAUCGCCUUCCAUGCUUUCCUUGCCAAAAUUCUGUGGUCGGAGUGGCGAAAAGGCGACAUGACACCUUACAACCCUUAUUUGAGGAGUAGGUACGCUUAUAGUCGUACUCAUUGA